AUGAGAACAAUACUCGCUAUUCAGUAUUUUGGAAGUUUGUUUGUUUUUUCCGCCGCGAAAAAGGAGGCUAGCGAAUUGGGAACUGUUACCAGGAUAAACCUUGGAACUACAUAUUCAUGUGUUGUUGUUUUCAAAGACGGGAAUGUUGAAAUCAUAGCGAAUGAUCAAGAAAACUGCAUAACCCCUUCAUGGGUCGCCUUUACCAAUACUGAGAGGUUGAUUGGUGAGGCCAGGAAGAAUCAGGCAGCAGUUAAUCCCGAGAGGACUGUCUUUGAUGUCAAGAGGCUAAUUGGACAGAAUGAAGAUAAAGAGGUCCAAAAUGACAUGAAGCUCGUUCCAUAUAAGAUCGUGAACAAGGAUGGAAAACCGUACAUAGAGAUUCAAAUUAAAGAUGGCGAGACCAAGGUUUUCAGUCCUGAGGAGAUUAGCGCCAUGAUUUUAACAAAGAUGAAGGAGACCACCGAAUCAUACCUUGGAAAGAAAAUUAAGGAUGCAGUUGCUACUGUUCCUGCUUACUUCAAUGAUGCACAGAGGCAGGCCACCAAAGAUGCUGGUGUAAUUGCUGGAUUGAAUGUGCAAGAAUUAUCAAUGAACCAACUGCGGCAGCCAUUGCCUACGAAUUUGGGGCGUUACAGUUUGGACAGGAAAGAUGGUGAGAAGCACAUUCUCAUUUUUGACCUUGGAGGUGGGACAUGUGAUGUUAGUAUCUUGACCAUUGAUAAUGGAGCAAAUGGAAACACACAUUUGGGAGGUGGUGAGAAGAACAUUCUCGUUUUUGACCUCGGUGGUGGGACAUUUGAUGUUAGUAUCUUGACCAUUGAUAAUGGCGUUUUUGAGGUUCUUGCAACAAAUGGAGACACACAUUUGGGAGGUGAGGAUUUCGAUCAUAGGAUCAUGGAUCACUUUAUUAAGUUGAUCAAGAAGAAGCACGAGAAGGACAUUAGCAAGGACAACAGAGCACUUGGCAAGUUGAGGAGAGAAUGUGAGCGCGCCAAGAGAGCUUUAAGCAAUCAGCACCAGGUUCGACUAGAGAUUGAGUCUCUCUUUGACGGCAUAGAUUUCUCUGAACCACUUACCAGAGCUCGUUUCGAAGAAUUGAACAAUGAUUUGUUCAGAAAGACAAUGGGACCUGUUAAGAAAGCCAUGAAAGAUGCCGGUUUGGAAAAGCACCAGAUUGAUGAAAUUGUUCUUGUUGGUGGAAGCACUAGAAUUCCGAAGGUUCAACAGCUUCUGAAGGAUUAUUUUGAUGGGAAGGAACUAAACAAGCGCAUUAACCCAGACGAGGCAGUCGCUUAUGGUGCUGCUGUACAAGGAGGAAUCUUGAGCGGCGAGGGAGGCGACAAGACCAAAGGUGUUCUUCUUUUGGAUGUGGCUCCACUUACGCUUGGUAUUGAAACCGUUGGUGGUGUAAUGACCAAAUUGAUUCCUAGAAACAAUGGUGAACGAAGUCUUACAAAGGACUGUAAGAACUGUAGGCUGCUAGGGACUUUCGAUCUAACAGGAAUAGCUCCAGCCCAAAGAGGGGCUCCUCAGAUUGAAGUUACAUUUGAAGUCGACGUUGAUGGCAUUCUGAACGUCAAGGCUGAAGACAAGGCUAAUGGACGAUUUGAGCUCACAAUCACAAAUGAAAAAGGUCGUCUGAGUCGGGAAGAGAUUGAUCAGAUGGUCAAGGAGGCUGAGGAGUUUGCCGAGGAAGACAAGAAGGUGAAAGAAAGAAUUGAUGCCCGCAACAGCCUUGAAACAUACAUUUACAACAUGAAGAACCAAAUGAACGACAAGGACAAGCUCGCUGCCAAACUGGACUCGGAUGAGAAGGAAAGGAUUGAGACAACAACUAAGCCCUUGAAUGGUUGGACGACAAUAAGAACGCCGAGAAGGAGGAUUACGAAGAAAAGAUCAAAGAAGUUGAGGCUGUGUGCAAUCCAAUUAUAA